CCGUGUACGGCACACCAAUAACCAAAAGUUUGACCACCUUUUUUUAUUAUAUACUUUCUUCACUCACACGAACCAGAGUCAUACACUUCGCACCCGAUGGAUCCAACUGAAUCAUCACCAAACCAAUUCCGCCACGUGGUGGCCAUGCCUUAUCCUGGUCGAGGCCACAUCAACCCAAUGAUGAACCUCUGCAAACGCCUCGUCCGUCGAUACCCUGACCUCCACGUUACUUUCGUCGUCACUGAAGAAUGGCUCGGGUUCAUCGGAUCCGACCAGAAACCCGACCGGAUCCACUUCGCAACUCUCCCGAAUCUCAUCCCCUCCGAGCUCGUCCGGGCCAAAGACUUCAUCGGCUUCAUUGAUGCCGUCUACACAAGAUUAGAGGAGCCGUUCGAGAGGGUUCUUGACCGACUCAAUUCGCCGCCUCCUAGUGCAAUCAUCGCCGACACUUACGUUAUAUGGGCAGUACGUGUCGGUACAAAACGGAAUAUUCCGGUGGUUUCUCUCUGGACCAUGUCGGCCACGAUUCUCUCGUUCUUUCUUCACGCUGAUCUACUCGUAAGUCACGGCCAUGCUCUGACCGAACCAUCAGGUGAUGAAACUGUUGAUUAUGUCCCCGGUUUAUCUCCAACAAAACUACGGGAUUUGCCUCCGAUAUCUGAGGGUUACAGCCACCUACUCUUCAAGAAAGCUAAGUUGUGUUUUGAUGAGCUCCCGAGAGCUAAGUGUCUUCUCUUCACUACUGCUUGUGAACUUGAACCUAAAGCCAUUGAGGCUUUCACCUCCAAGCUCGAUAUCCCGGUUUAUGCUAUCGGUCCUUUAAUACCAUUUGAAGAACUAUGCGUUGGGAAUGAGGGUAGCGAACCCGAUUACAUCCGGUGGCUUGAUGAGCAACCGGUAGGUUCUGUGAUUUAUAUAUCUCAGGGGAGUUUUCUUUCGGUCUCUGAAGCUCAGAUUGAGGAGAUAGUGAAAGGAGUGAGAGAGAGUGGAGUCCGGUUUCUAUGGGUGGCUCGUGGGGGUGAGUCGAAGCUAAAGGAGGCUUUUGAAGGUAGCUCAGGUGUAGUGGUGAGCUGGUGCGAUCAGCUGCGUGUGCUGUGUCACAAAUCUGUAGGCGGGUUUUGGACGCAUUGUGGGUUUAACUCAACAUUGGAAGGGAUAUAUUCGGGUACACCGAUGCUGGCGUUUCCGUUGUUUUGGGAUCAGCUUCUGAACGCGAAGAUGAUUGUUGAGGACUGGAGAGUCGGAAUGAGGAUCGAGAGGAAGGAGGAGAAGUUGUUGAUAGGGAGAGAGGAGAUUAAGGAAGUAGUGAAGAGGUUUAUGGAUAGAGAGAGUGAAGAAGGGAAGGAGAUGAGAAGAAGGGCUUGUGACCUCAGUGAGAUCAGUCGAGGAGCUGUUGCGGAAAGAGGUUCGUCUGUUUCUAACAUUGACGCUUUCGUUAGGGGUAUUACCAAUACAAAUUAAGGCUCAAUGAGCUUUUGUUGUUCGGCACAUUGUUAUUACAACUAAUAGUUAUAAAUCUUGUUAUGUCUUAUUGAAGUUAGAAUUCGAGACUUCAAGUAAUAAAGAGAUACACUAAAAACUAGGACGGUCGAAUAAGAUACCACAUGUUUUUUUAUCAGUAACAAACUUUUGUGAUGUCGAAACAAGAGCAGAAUGGUCAAGUUUUGUUGAGUAUCUGUAGGUAUGACAUGACAACGUGCAAUAUUGACGAUAAUUUCUCAUA